CCCGCCCUCUUCAACUGGUCGCUAAGCAACGAACCAAACCGACAAGACGCGGAGGAGAAACGAACAGCGUCUGAAUCCAAACAAAUUAAAUCGGAUUGAAGCUGAAUUAAAUGGAUCUGUCGUGCUUCAACAAAGACGCCAUGGCGCUCCCCUUUCUGCCGGGAUAUCCUCGUAAACAACACUUGGGGAAGGAGACAUUCCACAAAUCCCAACAGUUUGGCUUUUCUAAUGAGGUGGCUAUGCUGAGGUCUUCAGAGAAAAAAGGCAUCGGAGGAGAGCUGCUGGAGGGACAGAAGAAUGUACCAAAUUAUUCCGCCUACCCGAGAGUUGGCAGUGGUCUCCCAUCAUGGCUGGCCUUUGACAAACAGGUUUUGUGUUUUGAGGCAUAUUUCCAGGAGGCCAUGUGUGAGACAAGGGAGGAGACCAACAGAAUUAGGAGGUGUAUGAUCUACUUUUACUUGGAGGAUGAUACCAUACAGGUGGUUGAACGAAAGUAUAAGAACAGUGGAAUCCCUCAAGGAACACUUAUUCGCCGCCACCGCAUCCCGCUGCCUCCCCCGAAUGAUGAGCUCUUCUACAACGUGUACCAUUUCAACCUCAACCAGCAGCUGGUGCUUUACUCACGCACCUUCACCGUGACCGACUGCGAUGCAUUCACAAGGACCUUCCUCAUGAAACUGGGUGUGCGGCUAAAUGCUCCUACCGCCACCCCUGAAGACCAGUACAGCAACUUGCGGGAACAGAUGGAGAAGAGCAUGAAGCCUCUCCGUCCAUACCAGCGGCGUGACACGCUAAAGCAGUUCCUGGACCAUGAUGGCAAGGUCCUGCGUUUCUACUGCGUCUGGUACGAAACGGACAGCGUGUCCGGGGACCCGCGCGAGCUCAUCCUGCACUACUUCCUGGCUGACGACACCGUGGAGAUCCGCGAGGUCGUCGAGCCGAACUCCGGACGAGACGUCGCGCCGAAGUUCCUCCACCGCGGCAAACUGCCAAAGACAGGAGCGGUCCGUGAGGAGUUCUAUAGGGACGGUGAUCUGGCUGUGGGUGGGGAGGUGAACGUGUGGGGCAGGACAGUGCUCAUCUGUGACUGUGACGACUUCACCAAAGAGUACUACCGCUCCAAAUACGGCAUAGAGGACUUCACUCCAGUGCAAUACAAAGCUCCCCCACCUCCCAAGCCCCCAAAGUUGGUGCCCCCCUACAAUGGCUUUGGUUCAGAGGAGGAUUCACUGUGCUCCUGUCAGGGGCUGCUGCCCAAACCGCCACGGAAAGAUCUCCGCAAAUUCAUGGACAAAGACAGAAAUGGCCUUGAGGGUAAUGUGCUGCGUUUUCGUGCCAAGAUGGUGACCAACGACCCCGUCAACAGAGACCGGGGGUUCAUUGUCUCCUUCUACCUCUGUGACGACACGAUCAGAAUAUUUGAACCCCCACAGAAAAACUCAGGUGUGCUUGGUGGAAAGUUCCUGGAGCGCAGUCGUGUCAAGAAGCCCGGACAGGAUCUGUUUAGGAGAGAGAUGCCGGAGUAUUUCUCAGCCCAGGAUCUGUAUGUUGGUGUGACCCUCAACCUCAACAACAAGUUCUUCGAGCUGGUGGACGCUGACGAAUAUACCUUCAGCUACAUGGAGCGACAUGCCGAGGAGUUCUCCAAGGCCAACGUGGGAACCAUCCUCAGCAAGCUGCGUUCCAUUCCAGAGGAGAAGCAGAUCGAGAUCGGGCAGUUCCUGGGUCAAAGUGACCCGGCCAAGACAGGAAUUAUCCCCUACCAAUCCCUCAGGGAUCUGCUGAUGGGCAUGCAGUGCGGUCUGUCCGAACAUGAGGUAAUCACGCUGGGCCGCUUCUUCUCCGAGCGCGAGCCACCUGAGGCGGAGGUGGGUUUCCUGCUCGCCGUGGUGCAGGACCGCCUCAAGAGGAAACAGUUUGAGAAGUUCCCUGAGAUGUGCAGAGUCUUCGUACACCGAGACCGACGCCGGACGGGCUGUCUGUCCGCUCAGGAGACCCGGAGCAUCUGUAAAACCUUCCAGCUGCCGCUGGCAGACGACCUGCUGAUGGCUCUCCUCACCAAGUUUACAGAGGAGGACAAGAUCAACUAUCAUGCCUUUCUGUCUGGCAUCGACUGGAGGGAGAACCCAGCCGCCCCGCUGCUGCACGAAGCCACUCUGAAGCUGGAUGGUGACCGGAGUGAUGAGAGCGGCGGUCCGACCAUGAACAACGUCCGUUACUCCCCGCUGAUGGAAAACGUCUUCAGCCGCCCCGCAGACGACACCCAGCCACCGCAGUAG